UCUCAAUUCUUGGGGUUUAAAUAACCCGACCAAAUUACGUAGGUGCUUUUUGGUGAGUUAUCAGGAAUGUUAAAACGUGUUUUUAAUUUUGUCGCAUUGCGUAUUUUCUGUCUGGCUCAUCUAUAGGAUCCUACCAUCUAUGGUCAAAAAGCUUUUCACAUGAAGUAUGUCAGCUGUCAUAGAAUAGACGUUGCUUGAAGCAAAAAAAGUGAACUUUAUUUUUCAUUUUCUAACUUUAUUUACAUAGUUCUUAUUUAUAUUUACGUUCACAUAUUUAAUUCAUCAUGGAGGUAGACGAAGACACACGUAACUUAGCAAACUAUCAACCUACAAAUGGAACUAAUGUGAACAUCACAAAAAACACAGAAGUGAUUGAAACAAUAGAUAUCUCAGAUUAUCCUGUCAGCAACAAGAAAAGCAAACUUUCCAAUGCCUACGACAAGAAUCUGUGCAAACACAACAAACCUCUAACUGAUUUCAUAAACAAAUGCCUAUUCCUCGACCCAACCAAUGGCAUGGAAAAAAUUAUUAAUAAAGUUUUACUUCCAUCUUAUGUAAAAGCUGACAAGGAAUAUAAAGAGUCAGAUAAAUUUAGAAGAGUUAUUACAAAAGCAUUUCAAAGACUGAUAGUUGAUCCUGAUAGGAAGUAUACUCAUAUGAGUGAUAUUGUUGAUACUCUGAAGUUUCAUGUUGAAACACCACCUCAGUCGAAAGUCUCUCCUGUGAAGAAGAGAGUGAAUUUUAUCACUCUUUCUACUAAAGUGUCAGUUAAACCCAAUGAUCAUGAUAGGAAAAGACCAAUGAUUCAAAGUAGCAGUAGAAUCUGCCCACCAAAAAAAUCUAAAUCUGAAGUUAUUGCACUGGACUGUGAUGAUGAUGAUGAUGAAGUUAUUCCAAUAGAUGAUGAAGCUAAUAAAAAUAAUAUUAGUAAUUUACAAGAGGAUAGUAAAAGUAAAUCAGAAACAGAUAAAGAAAAUCUAGUCAAUGGCGAUGAUCCAAUUGAAAUUCAAGAUAGUCAAGAGGUAAAAGUAACUGAUGAAACAGAGAACGAACAUUUAGUAAAUAAAUUAAAUGGUGAUAAAUCUUCUGCUGAGAACAUAAAUGAGACAAAUAAAGAAAUAGAACAUGAAAAAGAAAAUUUGGGAUCAAAUGAAAACUUGUUAGUACCACAUAAAGAAAGGAUUGUUAGAUUAGAGAAGCCUAAAAUAAAGAAGAAGGAGUCUGUUAAAAAACCUGAAGAAAUGACUGCAGUUGAGAAAGCCCAAAGGAUAAAAAUAAUAGAGGCCAAGAUAGAACAACACCAUAAAACCAUUGCUCAACUUGAUUUGGAAGAAGUCACAGAUGAUUCUGCAAAUUCGCCUUAUCAUAAAUGUGAUCGGUUACGAGCAACAAUCGUGAAACUAUACAAAGAACUAUGUACUUUAGUCGGCGAGCAACCUAAAAGAAGGAAAAUACAUCUUCACAUCGAAGAGGGUUUGCCCCAAGGCCCUAUCAAGCGGCUCGAGAAAUUCCUCAACAAACGGGCAGAUGCGGAGGGCGAGACGCCGUUCCCGGACUUUAGCGAUGUUGUUAGAUGUGUGGAGAAAGCUAAUGAAGUGGACGAUCUGGGGUGGAGUAAAGCGAAAAUUACGAAGGAAGCUCAAGCAAUAUUCACGUACUGUGGUCGCGCGCUUCAAAAGAAGCGUCAGCAACGCGAAUGGAAACAUCUCCGCGCCAUUGCGAGACCGGAGGAGUUCGAGGCCGAUCCCGCCGAGACUGACAUGGAGCUGCAGGCGAGGCUCGAGGCCAACCGGCGCAUCGCCAGCCAGCGAGAGGACGAAGUUUUUAAAAAAUUCACGCAAUUGGAUGACGUACCAGAACCAGCGGCUUCAACAAGCUUCUCAAUAGAAGAACCUUCAGGACACGAAGAUCGCACAAGUGAUGAAGAAACUGGAAAAUCUCACCCUGCAGGCCUAAAGGAAAGUGAUAAUAAUGAUAACGUCACUAGUAAUGUUAACGAAACUGAAGUUGUAGUGAAACAGGAACCAGAGGAAGUGCCGAUAAAGAUUCAGUAUCAGGGUGAUAUAAGUCUGGUUAUAAAUAUAUCGGACUCUGAGAGUGAAGAUGAGUAUGGUGUUUUGACGUUUUAAUGCGUCAUUCGGGUUGAACCCAUCAUAAUUAAGCUGUUGUGAAAGAGAAAUGUUCCUAUAUUUGAAACGUUCAAAUCAGAUUUGAUGCCUUGUACUGAAGAAUGUAUCAAAUGUGUCAGAGGGUCUACCGUCAAGAUCGAAAAUCUAUGGCUGUUGCAUAUUCGAGCGACAGAGAGGAAGUUAAAUGUUUUUCGAUGUGGGUGAUAGGACCUCUGUUCCUAUUUUUUUACUCGCUACGCACGAUAUGUUUCGGGAAGCUGUCUCCAUUUUACAAGCAAAGUGCUGAGACCUGCUCGCGCUUCUAUGACGUUGAACGAAAGUUAAGGAUGAUUCACGUAAGACCGGGCCGGGUCCUCGGGAUUCCUGCGCUUACUUUUCUAUGACAGGUGAUCACGUGAUACUUUUCAGAUUCCUGCGCUUACUUUUCUAUGACAGGUGAUCACGUGAUACUUUUCAGAUUCCUGCGCUUACUUUCCUAUGACAGGUGAUCACGUGAUACUUUUCAGAUUCCUGCGCUUACUUUUCUAUGACAGGUGAUCACGUGAUACUUUUCAUAGAAGACGAAGCGCCGGAAAUUCGGACCCGGUCUAACGUGAGUCAUCUUAUAAUCAGUAUUUCUUUUUAAUGUCGAAGGUCAAGGCCGUUUUUAUACACACGGGGGCCUUGGGCACUCAGGAAUAGGGGGCCCUAUUAAAAACCCCGUUGGACUGUAAAAAAACGGCGUUUAAGAUCUUUCGGGGCCCCCGUGAGGUUGGUGCACGUGCCCAGAGUGCCCAAUGGGAAAGAGGGGCCUGUCGAAGGUGGAAAAUAACGGUAGUCACGUAGUCUAUUAUGUUCUAGACAUCCUUACCCCUUUUUGAGAAGUGAAUAGGAGCUAGUCUUUUGUAAUCAUAACUAUUAUUUUUACACAUUUAUGCUUGUUUUUUUUUCUUAUUGUUUUUACUGUCACUUUCGCAAUGUUGACUUCUGUCCCGUCUGGUUGACCCCAGGAUUUGCUAUUUAACUGUCAAGAUUAAGUACGAUUCCCACCGAACGGGCGAAGUCGGGCCGCGUCGGAGCGUAUUCAAAUUUGUACGGCCGCAAGCCGGUCGGCUCCUCGUGGAUGCGGACGCUUCCGGACGGACUCCAUCGUGUCUGCCAUACAAAAUGUAUAGGUACAUCGAAAAUGCGCUCCGACGCGGCCCAACUCCGCCCGUUCGGUGAGAAACGUUUUUUAGGGUAAUAUAGAGCUGCAGCAGAACAAAUAGAUUGUGUCAUUGACUCGUAUUGUUAUGUCAUUAAAGGUUAGAAUUGGAUGAGGCGCUAAACGUCACAUUUUCAUAGAAAUUUGACCUUAGUGAUGGCAUUGCCACACGUUGUCAUUGAAAAUGCUAUACAGAGUUCUAGUUCGUGUCAUCCACGAUGGCGCGCACAUUUGUCAAAUGUAACCUUUAACGACAUGACAUUACGAAUAUUAAGAGUCAAGGCACGCGGCGUGGUGAAUGACUCGAUCUAUAGCCUAAAGCUUAAUCCUACUCUAGAUUGUCUUACAUAAAAGGCCUUCUAAAAAUUAAACCGAACUUAGUUAUACACAGAACAGAUGUAUUUUUCAAUCUGUUACGACGCCACACUGUUUGUGCAUGCAAAGAAAAAUUCGCGACCUACGUAUUGUUUUUGAGGCCUUACGAGACUCCGUAACCGCCUUGUACAGGUUUUAAGGGGGGAGAAUCUGGGGGUUUGAAAAACACACAGCAUGGUAUUGUAUGUAGUGUUGUGUAUGUGUGUGUGGGCCGGGGAGGUCGUAAUCAUUUUAGGUUAGCAUUGAGAAAGUUAAUCGAGAAUAAAUUCAAGAAGGGCUCGAUAAUUUGUUCUUAAAACCUGCUCAACAGCUGCUUUCUUGACUGUAUAUUGUUUUAAUGUAUGUUACUGCCUGUUAUAUAUUUUUUUACUUUAAGGCUGAGCUACUUUUAGUUCCCGAAGGUUAUUCAAAUUAUGUUGUUAGGAUAUUUUAUUGUGAUUAAUACUUAAAGGACCAUGGGCAACUUUGUAUGGAGCCUGGACCCAACGCCAACAGAAAUGAGAGUAAGGUCAUUAGAUAGGUAUUUCUAUGCACUUCAUUUUGUUCUAUGGGCACCAAGCGGAAUUCCAUUGCAGAACUGAGAUAUUGGUAUUUUAGCCAAAAUGUCGUCACCCUUAUUACCUAGGCAAUAGAGUCCAAGUAAGUAAAUUAAUUACUGCAGGGUAGAUGUUCGCGCACCGCCGGGCGAGCACACUGAAUGAUUUGCCGCGCUGGCCCGGCGGUGGACUAUAUUGCCUAGGUAAUAAGGGUGACGACAUUUUGACUAAAAUACCAAUAUCUCAGUUCUGCAAUGGAAUUUCGCUUGGUGCCCAUAGAACGAAAUGAAGUACAUAGAAAUACCUAUCUAAUGACCUUACUCUCAACUCUGUUGGUAUUGGGGCCAUUUUGACGCAUAGUCCUUUAAUUAGAAAUGUCGUAUUGAUUACAAAUUAUGAUGUUCAAUCACUUGCUUAAAUAAUGGUGCUUCCACUUUGAUUGUUAUAAAAUGUUAUAUAACACGGAGUGACAGGGACAACAUAAUAAAUUACUAUCAAUAUUAUCACGAUGUCCCUGUUCUGUAUUUUAUGGAUGUUGUAUACGUCUACCACUAAGGUAAGGUAAGGUAGACCUUUAAUUAAUGU